GGAGAUAGCUGGGUGGCAGGGGGAAAGGGGCUUUUCUCUGUGGCCACCUGGAAAAAGCCAUGUAAGAUCAGUGGCUUGUCAAGACAGAAAACCAAGAAAUAAUUAGAUUUAAUAACCUAGUCAUCCAAAUUUGCAACGCAGCAUCAUUUACUCUGGAAAGAAGACACUGAUCCAAGAAGAAGAAGAAGAAGAAGACACUGGAGUAAAAGAAGGACACAUUCAAGUUUCUGUAAAGUGUGAAGUGCGCCCAUGGACAAGCGCAGAAAUCCCCAAACCAACUCCAACAGAAGAAACCUCCUCAAGUUCAGCACCAAGGAUAUCUCCAGCCAGUUUUGAUGUCAGGUGAAGGUGAAGGCACACUGACGGUAUCUUUAGCCAGGUAACAGAUUUAAAACUUUCUGAUCGGUGCGUACUUGGGCUGCGGAGAGGCAUGAGUGGAGGUCGCUUUGAGUUUGACGACGGCGGAGCUUAUUGCGGAGGCUGGGAGGGAGGCAAAGCCCACGGCCAUGGCAUCUGCACCGGACCCAAAGGCCAGGGCGAGUUCUCCGGCUCCUGGAACUACGGCUUCGAGGUGGUGGGAGUCUACACCUGGCCCAGCGGGAACACAUACGAGGGGUACUGGUCGCAGGGGAAGCGUCACGGCCUGGGAGUAGAAACCAAAGGACACUGGAUUUACAAAGGGGAAUGGACUCAUGGCUUCAAAGGGAGAUAUGGCAUACGGAUCAGUGCUGGCAGUGGAGCAAAGUAUGAAGGGACAUGGAAUAAUGGGCUUCAGGAUGGAUAUGGGACAGAAACAUAUGCUGAUGGAGGUACUUUCCAGGGUCAGUUCACAGGCGGGAUGCGGCACGGCUAUGGGGUACGGCAGAGCGUACCUUAUGGCAUGGCAGCAGUUGUCCGCUCCCCUCUUCGUACCUCCCUGACCUCCCUUCGUAGCGAGCAUAGCAACGGCACUGUCUUGCAGCAAGACAUCCCCAUCAUCACUACCACCAACGCCUCAGGUGAGGAGACACCCGUCACCACACCCACCCAGCUGGGACCAUCCCGUGGAGGCUUCGCCCUUACUCUCCAGGUGGACCCAGAGGCUGUGAAACCAAAGAAGAAGGGCCUGUUUCGCAGGGGCUCCCUGCUGGGUAAGCUGAAGAAGUCUGACUCAAGUACCUCGCUGUCCAGCCAGAAGAGCAAACUCAGCUUCCUGAGGACAGAUUCGGCGCUCAGCUCCAACGCCAGCGACACCCACUCCACCAUCAGCAUCGGGGACGACAGCCUGGCCGGAGCCGAGGAUUUCCCACCAGUGGAGGCCGACAUUGACGCCACCACCACAGAGGUCUACAUGGGCGAGUGGAAGAACGACAAGCGCUCAGGAUAUGGAAUUAGCGAAAGGUCCAGUGGGCUGAAGUUUGAAGGCGAGUGGCUGAACAACCAGAGACACGGCUACGGCUGCACCACCUUCGCAGAGGGAGGGAAGGAGGAGGGCAAGUACGUGAACAACCUGCUGGUGAAGGCCGUUAAGAAGAGGAUGAUCCAGCUGAAGGGAACCAAGAUCAAGCAGAAGGUAGAGCGGGCGGUGGAGGGCGCUCAGAGGGCUGCAGCCAUCGGCAAACAGAAGGCAGAAAUUGCUGCUUCUAGGACGACCCAUUCAAAGGCAAAGUCAGACGGAGCUGACCAGGCCGCUCAUGCCUCCAACAGCGAGUCCAGCAUCGCCCGAAUGGUGGCCAAAGAGCUCUCCCCGUCCUUCUACCAGCCAGGUCCUGAGUAUCUGAAGAAGAGGGUGAUACAGGAGGUCAUGGAGGGAAGUGAGAACACAGAGACUGUCAUGCAUGAGCCGCUUCUAUCCGAGGAGGAGCCCCUGCCCACGCCGCCCGAAAGCCCAAUCAUGAAUGAACUGGACAGCCUCAUGCCUGGCUCAUCCCCAGCCCGCACCCCCUCCCCCAGCCCAGGCAUCAUGAGCAAGGAAGACCCGAAACUCCUCUGUCCAGGAAGCUGGAAGGAAGACAAAACUAUUAAAGACGGGGGCAGUAAAGGCAGCAGUAAGUCCAACAGCAGGUCCAGUAGUCGCCCCACUACCCCGUCAACCUCCAUUUCUGCCCCCGCCUCAGCUGCACCUGAGGGCGUAGGGCCCCCCAGUAGUCGUGGCCCCUCUCGCAACUCCAGCCGUCAAAGCAACAAGAACGAGCAGGGCUCUGACCUGGAGAUCCAGCCCCUGCAAAAGUUUGACUCAGAGGUGAAAGCUCCAGAUGUCACUCCUGCACUUGCUGCCUCUGUUAGGAAUAGCCUCAUCUCUCCAGAUGAAGAAGAAGAAGAAGACGAAGAAGCACCGCGCCCCAUCUCCAAAGCUGUCACCCCCGAGCCUAAAACCACAGAGGUCAAAACUGAAAGAGCUCCAUCAGUCCACGAGCGAACGCCGUCCGUCUCUGAGAACAAAGUGGAGUCCAGGGAGGUGAGCAGGCCGCCCAGCAAAGCAGAGACAAAGCCAUUACCAAAACGGCAACCCAGCCCAGCUCCGUCCCCAAAACCUACACCCAGUCUUGAACCGAAACCAGUACCAAAGCAAGUGGAAGCCAAAGCCAUUGUUGCCAAACCAGCCCCGAAGGUGGAGCCCAAAGCAGAAGCCCGACUGAAGGCCAUGGUGUUGAGCUCAAAUCAUGAGGGGACUGCAGAGUCUUUGGAGCUGGAGGGCCCUAACACCAUAAUGAUCUGCAUGGUCAUCAUGCUCAACAUUGGCCUGGCCAUUCUCUUCGUACACAUUUUGUCAUGAGACAUUGUGCACCUCAGGUCACCAGCAGUAUUGGAGAGGGACGGCCUGCCUCCUCCUCAGUUAGGACCAGAGAUCAAAGAUGACCGCUGAGGAGAAGAAGAAGAAGAAGAAGAAGAAGAAGAAAAAGAAAAAGAAGAAGAAGAAGAAGAAGCCUCAUGCAGACCACCGCAGCUUUUCUAAAGGUUUUUGUUGGUGUGACUGUGUGAGGCUCUGUGAAGCGCCUCUCUUUUCCAGAGGUUUGACAAACUGAAGGACAUGAACCAGAUUCAGAACAUCUGAAUAUGAUGAUGUUUGUAUGUUAAGGUCGGGGCUGGAUGGUAGAGUAUGUCCUCAGUGCUUACACUGGAGAAGUCUCAAUGCAUCUUCGUCACAGUGUGUCACAAGUGUGUCAACAUUUUUGCCAAAAAAGAUUUUAACCAAUCUUUAAUUGGCACACACUGGCUGAUUAGACAAUCUCAGUCAGUAAGAUAAUUACACUUUGUCACAAGAUAUGUUUGUUUGUAUUAUGAGUAUGUUGAUAACAUGCAGACUGAAUAUUCUCUCCACUAAGAUUUAGGAGUUGUAACUGUCACGAUCAUUGUUUGAAUUAUCUGCGAUAUCCAAUGUGUCGUUAAAAAGCAGAAGAUUCAUUAAAGAAGUGUUUGAAAUGUGUCUCCAGAAAACACUGUUGAAAUACUGCAAACUGUAAUCCAACGCUAACAGUUUAUUGUUUUCAUCUUGUUGCUCUUCAGUCUCUUAAGUUACAUUUCAGAUCAUUUGAGACUACACUGUGAAACUUUCUAUUUUCACUGGGAGUUAUGUGCAUUUAUUGUCAUUCUGCUUCUUUGGUUUUGGGAGCUGAUAAAGCAAAUAGAGACGGAACAUAGGAAGCUUACGAGUGUCACUGUACUGUAUUUUCCUGUGGUGUUUCUCAUACAAUGCUGUCUAAGCACCCAGGGGUUUUUAAAUGACAGUUGUGUAUGUUUUGCAAUAGAAUGAGCAAGCAGAAAAUGAAGGCUGGGUUUAUCUUAUUAAAUACACCCACUGUAUGUUGUAGUAAAGUUUCUCAACCUGCUGAUUUAUAGCAAUACAACAGCAGCGGCGGGAGGUUUGCGCCUGUGAGCUAAUCAUGGUUUCAUGUAUGUUUCAGUGUAGAAAACUGUCCUCUUUGUUCCACACUGCAUUAUAUUCAGGGCCUGUUGUGCUUUAGAGCCAAAUGCAACUUCAACUUUCGUAUGCAUGAGGGCACUUUGUGUGCAUGUGUCUGUAUUUUUGUACUGUUUUGAAGUGCACAUCUUUUCAGCAUUCAAAAUAUUCAGUUGUAUUUUUUAUCAGAGGCUAAUAUUCAACACUAAAUUUAUUUAUUUCCCAAAAAAAAGGUCAGAUUACCUCAUGAUUGUGAGCUGGAGAAAAAAACGCGUAGAAUGGUUCGUAACUCCAUGUCUUACAUUGAAGAGUACUUUCCAGGUGAGCCGUUUAAUAUUUCUCCCUCGUCCUUUCAGCCAUUUAAUACGUUUUAAAAAGAAGAGGUUUGCAGCUGAAAUUGAUUUACCUUUGCAAAUGAGCACAGACCACUGAUUUCGCUUCUUUUUGCAUGAAAACAAUGCACAAUCUAUAUAGUUUGGAACAAAUUGUAUGCCCAAUGACUGAUCCUUAACACACAAAAUGCAUUAAUGAUAACAGGAGACAAUUGUAAGAUUAACUCAAUUGUAAGUGCAAUAAGACUGUAUUCAUUUAGGUCAGUGUAAUGUAGAAGCCAUUUUGUUUUGUCUGUUUUAGUGAAUUUAAAGUAAAAUAACUUUGCAGAAUUUGAAGAAAAGCAUUCAUUUGUAAGCAAACCUGGUCAAAACUACAAAACUGAAAAUAAAGAACUUUUACAACA